ACUAUACGAAACCCAGCCGUAAAACAGAUUAACUAAUCAGAACAGUCCUUGUAGCCCUACAGGAUUUUUAGCCAAUCAAAAUCAAGCCCGCCAAGCGUCCUGUGAGCGUCACUUCUAAAGUGUAUUACAGAAUUUCCCGUUAAAAGAAGCAACCACGAUCCGUGUUAUUUACUACAAUUUUACGGGAUCUGAAUUUUUUUAUUUAAAGAAUCACAAGUCUGAAAACAGUAAAAAUGCCAACCACUCCAAGGCAGUCGCGUAAAUCAUCAAAAUCUCCGGGUAGAGGUCUAAAAAAGACCACUAGUGGACGAUCUAGAAGUCGCAGUAAAAGUCGAAGCCGAGCCACAAAAUCUGCUGGAAAAUCUCCUGCUCGUCCCAAGGCCAGUAAAUCACCAGCUCCAAAGUCAAGAACACCUGGAAAAUCACCCGCAAGAACACCCCGGGCAUCUAGAACACCAAAAGCAGCUACCCCACCUGUUCAGGAAGAUAAAGUAGAUAGUAUUAGACCCAGAACACGUUCCCGAUCUCGUACAAGAACCCCAGUAGACGUAACAUCUGUUAGACAGUCGGCAAGAAUCAGUGCCCUAGUUGAAAGAGAGAAGCAAGAAUCAAGUAAGAUUGUAGCACAGUUAAGAUCAGAAGUACAAUCUAAAAUGUCUGAUAUAAAAGAUAAAGCUGUAGAGAAGACCAAGAAUAAGGAAUUUGGUGGACCAAUAGGAACAUUCUUACUAGUCUUAUUAUUACCAACUGUAGUAUUUCUACUCAACUUUGCUUGUAAUAAGAAAAGAUGUACCAUCAUGGAAAUACCCAAAUUACCUAAAAGUCUAUCUUACUUCUUCGAUCUACAAGCUACAUAUAUCUUCUUGGGUUGGUUUGCCUUUCAAGCUGUAUUAGCUGUCUUACCCAUAGGUAAACUUGUAGAAGGUCAACCAUUAAAAUCUGGCGGAAGACUUAAAUACAGAUGUAAUGGUUUCUUUGCCCUGAUUAUCAGCAUAGCAGCAUUUGGAGUAGGUGUAUAUUACAAGCUACCUUUGGACAUUGUUCAUGCCAAAUUUUUCCAGAUUAUGACAGCUGCUACACUCUUUAGUGUGUUACUUAGUAUUGCUUUGUACGCAAAGUCCUUAGUUAUACCGAAAAAUAAACUAGCACCAGGAGGAAAUACAGGAAAUCACAUCUACGAUUUCUUUAUGGGACACGAGUUAAAUCCUAGAAUUGGCACAUUUGAUUUAAAGUUUUUCUGUGAAUUGAGACCUGGUCUGAUCGGAUGGGUUAUGUUUAAUUUGAUCUUCGUAUACAAGGCUUAUCUAGAAAACAACAAAGAAUUUCCACCAGCUCUAACACUGGUGGCUGCUUUCCAGAUUUUCUAUGUAGCUGAUGCUCUGUUUGCUGAGGAGGCUAUUUUGACAACAAUGGAUAUAGUACAUGAUGGUUUUGGUUUUAUGUUGGCAUUUGGAGAUCUUGUUUGGGUACCAUUCUGCUACAAUCUACAAACACGAUUCUUAUUAGAAAACCCACAAAACAACAUGUACUGGUAUUGUUUAGCAGCUAUUGGUGUUCUUAAUGUUAUUGGUUACUACAUUUUCAGAGGAUCUAACUCACAGAAAGAUGCUUACCGAAAAGAUCCACAUAAUCCAGCUCUUGCUCAUCUAGAGACAAUCCCAACAUCUACAGGACGACGAUUACUGGUAUCUGGAUGGUGGGGACUCUGUCGUAAACCUAAUUAUUUAGGGGAUCUAAUCAUGGCAACAGCCUGGUCCAUGUGCUGUGGAUUCCAUCAUGUUCUUCCAUAUUUCUACCCUAUCUAUUUCCUAGUCCUUUUGAUCCAUCGUGGAAUGCGUGAUGAUGUUAUUUGUCGAAAGAAAUAUGGUGCUUCUUGGACUAGAUAUUGUCAACGUGUUCCUUACAAAAUCAUCCCAUAUGUAUAUUAAAAAACAUACAUUGUUUUAGUUUCAGGGUCAAAGUUGAUUGUUAAGUUUUCAUUAAUCAAAUAUUAUGGUUUUUAAAAAAAAUUAAAUCAGAAAAAAAUCACUACAUUAUUAAAUACAUCUAAUGUAAAUUCAUUCAUAGAUUAAGAACUGAAAGUUUUAAUUUGUAACAGGUUUCCAGUAUAUUUUUAAUUCUACAUUGGUUAUUGUUAUUACAUCAAAACUCGUGUACAAUAUAAUUUCAUAUUUAUUGUUACUCAUAAUUAUAUUCAUUGAUAUUAUAUAUAUAUGUAAAUGUCAAUUUAUUUGAAAUGAACUAUAACAUUGAAUAAUACAUGUAUAUGGAAUUUGUAGAAUUUAUAGCAAUGAUUUAAAUUCUAAAAGUUAUUUGAUUUUAUCAUUGAUCUUUUUUUAACAGAUAGAAAAUAAAUUCAUAUUAUUUGUUUAAUGAUUGUAAAAUUAUAGAAUGACUCGAAUUUUAUUACUUCUCUUCCAAUAUAUUAACAUCAAAUGCUCACAAAGACGAUCCAUAGUUUGCACAAUAGAUUUAUUUUUAUUGAUAUCAAAAUGAAUGUAUUUUAUUUUAUUCUUGAUUUUGAAUUGUUCAUAAUUUAAUGAUAGCAGCCUGACAUUAAUAUAGUCUUUUCUUUUAUCAGUAUUUUUAACCCAUGUUUUCUUCCCUGUAUUGCAAAUUUUACAUCGUUAUAUUUUGAUGGACAUUUAUAUUAUUUCAUCUAAAGCCUCAAGGUAGACAAACAUUGUUUAAUGGACCAAUUGAUUACUCCCAAUGAAAAUAUUUGGUGUUGUAAACUGUGGGCUAUUCACAAAAGUAUACUACCUAAUAGUCAAGUGGUUUGUUUUGUUGGGUUUUUUUUUUUUUUUUUUUAGCUUUUUGACAUUUUAAAAGGUAUAUUAGGGUAUUUUGUUAUAUCCUAUUGUUUUCAUUUUUAUGUGCAAUUUGGUUGGUAUUUUUUAUUGUCCCAUUGUUUGUAGAUGAACUCUUAGUUGUAAAUAGAUGAGCUUUAUUUCAUUGUUAUGUUGCUUGAUCAUUGGAAUGCGAACUUUUGAAUCAAAAUAAGUUCACCAGUUGCACUAGACUUGUUAUAAAUGGAAAAUAGAAAACUACACAAAUGCUGUAGUUCCCCACCAAUAGUAUGAUUAUGCUACUUGCCUAUAAAUGAUUAUUAUGCUUUCAAGUAAAAUGUCACCCACUCUUGCUAAAUGAGACAAAUGCCGCAGGCCCCCCUUUUCAGAAUUCAGCAUGAAACAUUGACAUUAAGAAUAAAGAAAAUAUCUGUUUGGAAUGUUUUGAUGUUUACUACUUCAAUGUGAAAUAUCUCUGUUAAUUUUUUUUUAAUGAUAUAUGCAUACGUCAUGUACCAAUUUAAAGAUUUUUUAAUAGAUAUGCUCCAUUUCGUUAUUUUAACCCAUGUGUCACAUUUAGCUAGAGCAUGUCACAAAUAGGAAAAGGGUGUAAUAUAUAUUUAAUGAUAAUUUAACAUGUAAUAUAUUUAUAUCUGUAGUGUAGAAUAUCUCUGGUUUACUCAUGUACACUAGUGAGUAGAUGUGAUUGAAUCAGAGAUAUUGGACUAUGAUGUAUUGUUGUAUAAAUAUUUACAAUGAAGUAGUCUAAAUAACAUAGUGCUUUACCAUUACAUUGAAUAUGCUUCCAGCAAAUACAUAGUACCACAGAGUAAUAAAUAGUAUCAAUUAAAAUGCAUGUAUUCAAAAAAGCUUUACAUCAUUUUUUAGUCGUAGAUUUCAUCAGUCAUCAUCGUUGUGUAUGUUUCAUCAUGUCAUUUGUAUAUUUUUGCUUUUGAUUUGUAGGCAUUUGACUUCGUAAAUGAGCCUGCCAUAAACAAAAAAUAUAAAAACAAGUAAAAAUUC